AAGAAACAAACGGAUUGGUUCUCCAACGGCUCUCAUUUUCCUUUUUCCUGCUCUCUGGUCAGCCAAACAGAGAAAAAUCAGAACUUAUGGCUCCCGAACCCGACUCAAACCCCAUAAAAGAGUACGAAGAUGAUGAUAACGUGGCACCAUCACAUCACCCCUCUGCUCCGUCGGAUGAGUUGUUUAAUAUCUCCACGACAGUUGAUCCCAGUUAUAUAAUCUCUUUGAUACGGAAACUAUUACCACGGGAUGUGAAGAAUGGUCAUGAUUCUGAUGGAGUUGAUGCUUGUAAUGCCUCUAAUCAAGGAUUAAAAACCAAUCACAUAAAGGAAAGUGUGGUUUCUCCAUGUGAAGAUGAAAUGCUAAACUCCUCACACGAUAAAAUUGAGACCAUGGACACCCUUGAUGGUUUUGAUGAACUUGCUCGUCAAGAAAAGACAGGUGAAGUGUCAUGUAGUAGAUUUGAGGACUCUAGCAUAUCAGUGAGAGAAAAGGCUUGGGAAGAGUAUGGUUGCAUUUUGUGGGAUCUUGCAGGAAGCAGAAUCCAUGCAGAAUUCAUGGUGCGGAAUCUCAUGCUUGAAGUGCUUUUGGGAAGUCUUAUUGUUUCUCAAUCCAUGCGUGUUACGGAGAUAAGCCUUGGAAUUCUUGGAAACCUUGCCUGCCAUGAAAUUCCUAUGAAACAAAUUGCCUCUACAGACAAAUUGAUUGAGAUAGUUGUAGAUCAGUUGUUUUUAGACGACACUUCAUGCCUAUGUGAAGCUUGCAGGUUGUUAACCCUGGGUCUUCAAGGCAGUGAAUGUGUUAUUUGGGCUAAAGCUUUGCAGUCUGAACAUAAUCUAUGCCGUGUUAUUUGGGUUGCAGAAAAUACCUUGAACCCACAACUUCUUGAGAAGAGCAUUGGACUUUUAUUGGCCAUUUUAGAAAGUCAACAGGAGGUUGUGUCUAUUCUUCUUCCAACUCUGAUGAAUCUGGGUUUAUCAAGUCUUUUGAUUAAUCUCUUGACUUUUGAGAUGGGCAAUUUAGCAAGUGAGAGAAUACCUGAAAGGUAUUCCAUUCUUGACUUAAUUCUUCGCACAAUUGAAGCUCUUUCAGUUCUUGAUGAUUAUUCACAAGAUAUCUGUUCAAAUAAGGAAGUUUUUCGCCUAGUUUCCGAUCUGGUUAGGCUUCCUGAUAAAGUUGAGGUUGCCAAUUCUUGUAUUACUGCUGCAGUCUUAAUUGCAAAUAUUCUGAUUGAUGCAGCUGAUCUAGCUUCUGAGAUAUCACAAGAUUUGCCUUUCCUAGAGGGGCUGCUUGAUAUAUUCCCUUUUGCAUCGGAUGAUCCGGAAGCUAGGAGUGCACUUUGGAGCAUUAUGGCAAGGCUACUGGUUCAAGUUGAAGAAAGUGAGAUAAGCUCAUCAAGUCUGCAGCAGUAUGUAUCGGUUUUAGUAAGCAAAUCAGAUCUGAUUGAAGAUGAUCUUAUUGACCAUCAAUUGGAUGAUUCUAAUGAAAACAACGUGAGCUCAAUCACUUCUGCUGCAAAACAAAAUGCUAGAACCACAGCUCUUAGAGGGAUUUUCAAUAUAUUGAAUCAGUGGACUACCUCAAAGGAUUGUGAUAUGAAGAACAAUUUGAUGGGGGCAGAUCAUGAUAAUGGUGAGAAUGUGGAAAGGUUAUUGAAUUGCUGUCGGAAAUAUACUGAGUUCCUGUGAAAUGAAACAAAAAAUUUGGUUUGAUCCUAUCUGAAGGGAAGCAGUGAUCUAGGAGCUCAAAUCUGGAAACAGAUGGUUCAUGCAUGUAUUGAAGGUGGAUCGUCAUAUCUUGAUCUAAUUCAGGAUCACUUUUCAUGGAUUGAUAAAUCUUCAAACGUGUCUACACCUGCAUCAUCUUUGGCAUUGUCAUCAUGCAUGGCUUCUUUGAUCCAGAUACCCUAUAAGAAUUUCUUCAGGGUUGGGACUUUGCUUACCCAAAUCUGCAUGAAGUACGUCUCUAAAUUGCUUGCAGGAAUGUCUGUUUGAGAUGAUGCAUUGCAAGAAAUAAUUCUCAGUAUUAGUUUCAUGCUUUGUUCUGUAGCCCCACAAUCUGUUGCUGGGCGGUCCAGAAGUCGACCCAAGAUUUUCCUGAGGGAAACCUGUAAAAAUCUCAAGAGUAUGAAAACAGAACUGUUAAAGUUCAGAGGGAUUGGUUUUUUGAUGUGGGUCAUUCACUACAAGAAUGAUAAUCUAACUAAUGGUCUUGUUAUAGUGCUGGUAACAUAUGGGUGGGACAUGUGAUACAUUUUUAUGUAUGUAAUAUAAGAACUGGAGAUGUUUUUUCCCUCAUAAUCUGCAUCCAUCUUGUAUCUUCAUUCAUUUUCUCUGUCUAUUAUAGCAUCAAUCAACUGUUGGGUUGCCC